AUGUCUUGUUGUUACGCCUGGCCUGGUUUGUGGAAAAAGGUUACUCCAUCUACACUGACUCUAAAGAAUUUAGACUACGACGCAUCAGGCUCGUACUAUUGCGAAGUAUCUACUGACACGCCGAUCUUCACCAAGGCAUCAAACGAUGAAGUAUUGCACGUCAUGCUGCCACAGAAGGGACCACCAACAAUUGAAUUUGCAAAAAAACAGCUGUAUUAUGGUGAUAUGCUUAUUGCAAAUUGUACAACAUCACGAGCUCGUCCAUCUCCUCACAUUACGUGGUUGAUCAAUGGCAAACCGGUUGAUGAUACUCAUGUUAGGCAGUUACAUCACAAUUCCAAAAAUAGUCACCGGUCGAAAGUUCAACAAGGCCUCGGACAGCAAAUUCCUGUUUACCACGGGAAGGUUAUCGGUUCUGGAAUCAGUUCUUCUGGGAGUAGUAGUUUAAAGGAACUCAAGCAACGCACCAAAGCGGUUGAGACCGAUUUUCAAGAUAAAUUAUCGAAAUCUACUAUCCCGAUGGGUGCAGGCGUAAACAGUGGUAUCGAAGGGUAUUCUAGAAGCUUCGAGAUACAGCCUAAUAUAGCGUUCAAUAAUUUCGAUGGUGGCUACAACUAUGGCGUUAAGAUGCAUCAUCCUGGCCGGGAAAGAAAUGGAGGAAAUACAAUUGGAUUAUUAACUGGAGCGUUUGGAGGUUCUGCAUACGGAACAUUUGGUGGUAUGGCCGGGCUUGGAUCGCUGGGCACUGGGCCUGGACUUGGCGCAGCUGACAUAAUUGUGGAGGAGGGUAAUAAAAAGAUUUGGCAGCGAAAUGACUACAACUACAAUAACAACAACCACUACGACAAUAAGCAGCUACAAGAGCAUCAACAGCAUUAUGACAAUGGAUAUAGGAAACAUCGUCCUAUGUAUGACCACAAAUACCGACGGCAUGUCAAUGAGGGCGAAGCACGUAAAAGUCACAGAGUUUUUGCCUCAUACAGUCAACUAUCUAUCCGCAUAACAGAGGCUUUAACUAACAAUGUGGGUCGGAUAGAAAUCACCUGUUUAGCAACAAUUCCAGCACACGUGGAGCCGGGGGAGCAGUACGCUGACUAUAAGACCUCGUUAAUUAAACUUGACAUCGAACAAAACGAUCAAACAUCACCACAACCAUCAAUGAGUGGUAUGGCUGCUUUCGGUAAUUCUGCAGCGACGAAAAACAGUUUAUUUUCGGUUCCAUUCCGCAUUCAUUUAGUAGUUGCUGUAGGCAGCGUUCUUUUAGGCAUUGCUAAUUGUUGCAUACCUGCACUGUUUAUGUAAACGUCUCCAUUUAAUGAAUGUAGCCAUGUAUGAGUGAUCGAACCCGUGAAAGUAGAUAUAAUUAUAUUCUGUGUUUAUUUUUCACGAUCCGAUUCAAGUGUCUGAUUUUUGAUCGUUUGAAGCGAAGUGAAAAAAAACAAUAUUGUGUGUUAAACAACACAUGUGUUAUGUUACGGAAAAUAGUCAACAUAUGCGACUGAAAACUUACAAAAACUCGCUAGAAGCAUAUCCAAACGGUUCAUUUUUUUCGGUUCAACAUAUGCAAUGCUCUCUUCAACACUUUUCCGAAAAGAAACAAAUUGCAGCUACAUUGCUAUUUCCUUGUAAAAUACGCAACGUUCGAAUCGAACAAAUGAGGCUGUGAGAAGCUCCCAAAACCAAAUAAAAAAGUGAAGCAGUGCAAGUUGAUAACAGUGUAGACCAUUGAAAGGAAUGCGAUGAUAUGUAAAUGUUCAAUCAACCAUCAGCCAACAAGCGUUUGAAAAAGAAUCACAAUGAACAACGAACAGAAUUACGCACGCAGGAGUUAAACGCAGUAUGAAAC